CGGUUGUUAGGACGGGGCACAGGUUUGUUACUGCUAGCGUUAGCUACCAUAGAAUUGUUGGGAGGAGACGUUCACCAGUUACACUGCGAGCUCUAUCUGUUCGGACCAGCGGGCCCCUAUGAGUUCCACUGGUGUGAUUUUUCCCAUGUUAUUUUCGUGUACCUACGGAUUUGUCUAAUUGGAUUGUUGAUACAACAUACAUUAAAAAGGGGUCUCAGGAUGGACGUGGACUUGGGUGCUGGAGCGGACAGCACCCUAAGAAAGAUGGAAGCCACGGUCGAACCAAUGGAGAUUAUACCGCUGGAAAUGUAUGAUUCAGCGAGGGCUAAAAUUGCGGCUAACCUAAGAUGGCUAUUUGCAAAAGCUUACGGAAUCGAUCACAUUCCAGAGGACUUGCGGGACCCUUUCUAUACAGACCAGUAUGAACAGGAGCACAUCAAACCUCCCGUAAUCCGGCUGCUGUUGUCCUGUGAGCUCUACUGUCGCGUGUGUAGCCUCAUCCUCAAGGGGGACCAGGUGGCCUCCCUCCAGUCUCACCAGUCAGUCAUCCAGGCCCUGUCUCGCAAAGGCAUCUAUGUCAUGGAGGGUGACGAUACACCGGUUACCGAGGCCGAUCUCACUUGCCAGCCCAUCAAAAUGAGCUCCCACAUGCCCAUGAUUGAUGCAUUGAUGAUGGCCUACACUGUGGAGAUGAUCAGCAUUGAGAAGGUAGUGACCUGUGUCAAGCGCUUCUCCACCUUCAGUGCAUCCAAGGAGCUUCCUUUUGACUUGGAGGAUGCAAUGAUCUUCUGGAUUAACAAGGUAAACCUGAAAAUGAGAGAGAUCACCGAAAAGGAACACAAAGUAAAGCAGCAUCUGCUAGACUCCCCUAGCCACCAGAAGCCUGACUUCAUGCUUGUGCUGGACCAUUGCAUGUUGGAGCCUGUGGAGUAUCCACUUUUGGUGCGCUACCGGCGAGAGCAUGCCUCGGGCCGCCAACUGCCCCACUUCUCCCUGCUGGAGGACCUCAUGAGGGACGUGUGCGAUGGCGCUGCCCUGCUGACUGUGGUCCAUUACUACUGCCCUGACCUCAUGAAACUUGAUGAUAUUUGCUUGAAGGAGGUCACCUCGAUAGCAGACAGCCUGUAUAAUAUCCAGCUUCUGAAGGAGUUUGCCAACGAGUACCUUAAUAAAGGCUUCUACUUAACACUAGAAGACAUGCUGUAUGCACCUCUUGUGCUCAAGCACAAUGUCAUGGUAUUCAUCGCUGAGCUCUUUUGGUGGUUUGAGGUUGUAAAACCUGAGUUUGUCCAGCCAAGGGAUAUCCAGGAAUUCAAGGAUGCAAGAGCUGUGACUCACUCCAAGAGUUCCCGACCCUGUGUGCCCAUCUCUAAUGCUACCAAGAGGAGCUUCCUGGUCACACCUGGCCUUGCUGAUUUGACUCAUCCUGUCACAAACAACCCAGAAGUGUGUAACAGGUACUUCCUGCAUCCUGAAGAGUCUGAUCCUCUCAGUAAGGGGAGUUCCAGCAUUAGUCCUGCCCAUCCACUCCUACCACUGAGACAGAGGCAACAGAAAGCUCAGCAGGGAGAUGAUGUAUCAGCCUGUAGGAACCGUUCUAAUUCUCUGACACAAGAAAGUCGUACUCGAGGGUCUAUGGCUUGGUCAGACAAAAGACAGAGGCCACUGUCCCAGCUGAAUCGCUAUGUUCUCCACUGUGCCACGGACAGUGAUGCAGACUUGGCCUCAGGCGACAGUGCUAGUUUGACAUGCUCCAUCAGUGAGGACAGCCUGGCCUCUACUGUCACACCCAAGCACCAGAGCCAUCAAAGCCAGGGUGCUCCUCGGAGACUCAAUGGCCAUGGAUUGCUGGGUAAUGUUAACAUGGAUGAAGAAGAAGAUAUGGUAACUGUUAUCAGAGCAGAGUCGUCUAAGACUGAUGUUACACUGACAGACAAUGGGGAUGUGGAGCGUCAGUCUGCUUCCCCUGGUGCUAAAACAAACUCUUGUGGAAAGCAAGAAGAGGCAGCAGCUGAUUCCAGAACUGCCAGUUUCUACUUGGAACCACUGAUGCCUGCAGUUCUUAAACCAGCAAAAGAAAAGUCUAUAUGCUUGAAUAAAGAAGAAGAGUGUGGAGAGGGGCGACAGCGUGGGUCAGCACGGAGGGUUGUUGCUGGAGAUGGACCCAGCUCUUCAGCUAAACGAAGACCUCUACAUAACCUUAACCGAACCUUCAAUGCCAGUUCCAGUUCUGAGUUUGAAAGAACUUCUGAUCCCAAAUCUGAGUCUGUGCAUCCACCUCCUGGGCAGACAGAAACUUUCAGACCUCUGGUCACAAGCAGUGUCGAGCCACCAACGGAAUUGACUCCUGGGUUCUACCUGCAUUCCUCGUCACCUGAGGACAAGAGGCCCAUCCAAGCUUGGGGCAUACUGACUGAUGCAGAUACAGAGACUGUGGAGACCAUUGAAGAGCAGGAUGCAGAACUUAGCAAGGAGCUGCAUCCACAAAAACGACAGUUCUAUAAAGAGGAUGAAGAGUCUGCAAAACUUCAAGAGGACAUGAAUGUGAAGGAGCAUGCAGACAAGGAUGAAGGAAGCAGGUGCUCUAGCCCUGGUGUCAGUGUUCAGUCACAGGUCAGCAGCGUGGCCAGUGGAAGUGUCCGAAUGACCAGCUUUGCUGAGCGGAAGAUGCUGAAGUUUGGCAGCAACCAAGACAUCCGCUCAAGCACCAGCAGCUCACAGAGGACCACGCCAGAUGGCUCAGAGAGCUGCCCUCUUCCUCUCACCUCUUGGAAGAUGAAGAGGGACCAAAGCCCCACUCAACAGGGCAAGGACAAUGCUAACAUGCUUGCUUCAGAGCUUGUGCAGCUGCACAUGCAGCUUGAAGAGAAGCGACGCGCCAUUGAGACCCAGAAGAAAAAAAUGGAGGUACUGUGUGCUAGACAAAGGCUCAAGCUUGGAAAAGCUGCCUUCCUGCACAUAGUGAAGAAAGGAAAAAGUGACACCCUUCCUCAGCCGCUGAAAUCAGACCACUUGAAAGGCCAAAAGUUAAAUGAGGAGACAGAGAAGUCAACAAAAGAUGACUCGUGUCUUGAUGCCAUGAGGGAUGGGGGAAAAGGCACUGAAGAGACAGAGAAGGCGUCCCUUGAAUGGGAUAGUGCCACUGCCUUGCCCCCUAGUGCCUUAGAUGGAGAUGAGGAAAUCGACCUCAAUGAGUGUAACCACUCGAUAGAAAUGCUUAAUGAGGCCAUCAGCAGCAUUCAGCAGCAGAUGAUGCAGCUGUCUCUCCAGCAGGACCUACUCAUGAAGCAAAACCUUCAGUCCCCAUCAGCUGCUACCCUAUCUCCUAAUGGUGACCGAGGGAAUUUGUCCGAACCAAAGGCACGAUCUGCUGUCCAUUUCGUGGAGCCAAGUGGCAGCCCUGUAGUCAGGAAGCCUCCUAAACUGAGCUCAGCACGGUCUCGCUCUAAGCCUUCUGAGCUGAAGCUGUCCAAGGAAUACAACAAAGGGCAGAAAAUACCUACCCCCACUCCCAUUGAAAGUCCUACUCCUAGACCCAGCCCAGGGGGCAGGACCCCCAAAGCAGAUCCAGAGACAAUCAACCAAAUUGAGGGGCAGCUGAAGAACACUGCAUUCCAUCUUCAUGACAAGGCCAACUUGCGUACAGUCUCAAGAGAGCCAAGCUCUGCAAGCCUAGGAGUGACUAUUGAUGAAGGUGUUCCUAGUACUCUAAGGGACUCUGAAACAACAUUUGAUAAUGGUGCUGGUUUUGUGAUGGUCUUAACUGAAGAUAGCUCAAAGAGCAAGGCGAAUCUAAUUGAAGUGGACUUAUCAGACUUGGCAACCCAGUCAGAUGAUGGCAGUUCUAGUGCGUUAGAUGUUACCACAGAUGUCGUCGUUGAUGGAGAAAAGAAAAGUGGCAUGGGCUUCUUUUUCAAGGACGAGCAGAAAGCGGAAGACGAAAUGGCCAAAAAGCGGGCAGCAUUCCUCCUGAAACAACAGAAGAAAGCAGAAGAGGCACGACUUCGCAAGCAGCACCUAGAGGCAGAGAGUGAGCUUAAAAGAGAUGAAGCUAGGCGGAAAGCGGAAGAAGACAGGGUUAGAAAAGAGGAAGAGAAGACCAGGCGGGAGUUGAUAAAGCAAGAAUACCUGCGAAAAAAACAGCAAGAAAUGUUUGAGGAGCAGGAGCAGCCCAAGCCUAAACCCAAACCCAAACCCAAACCCAAGACCAAGAAGCAGAGGCCAAAGUCUGUGCUAAAAGAAGAGCCUUCCAUUGAAACACUCCCAAAAUGCCCCCCUGCCAAUGAGAAUCUUGUUAGUGCUCGGUCUGGCUCUAAUCUCUCGCUGGCUUCUGUGGCCACUACUGAGGCAGACAGCAUCAACUCUGGAGGUGCAGGAUCUCAACGAGGGGAUUCAGUGGAGUCAUUUUCGGGCCUCAGUAGGGCUACAGAGCGGGACUGGGACAACGGCUCCACUGCGUCUUCCAUCACAUCAACAUCCAUGGCAGAAUACACAGGGCCUAAACUUUUCAAGGAGCCAAGUGCAAAAUCUAAUAAGCCAAUUAUCCACAAUGCCAUCUCUCACUGCUGUUUGGCAGGGAAAGUAAAUGAACCACAGAAGAACUCCAUUCUUGAGGAGCUUGAGAAAUGUGAGUCGAACCACUUUAUGAUCCUCUUUCGUGAUGGUGGUUGUCAGUUCCGGGCCCUUUACUCCUACUUCCCUGACACAGAGGAGAUCCACAAGCUCACUGGCACGGGGCCCAAAAGCAUCACCAAGAAGAUGAUAGACAAACUCUAUAAGUACAGCUCAGACCGCAAACAGUUCACAGUUAUACCUGCCAAGACUGUGUCUGUCAGCGUGGAUGCCCUCACCAUCCACAAUCACCUCUGGCAGGCCAAGAGGCCCAUGGUGCCAAAGAAGACCCGGAAGUGAAGUCAAGCAGGGCUUUUGUACCUGACGUCCAAUGAUUCUCAUGUGCUUUCAGUACCUGUGGAAAGACUGUCAAGAUGUUCACAAUCAAUUUCACCACUUGUGUCAUGAUGGGACGAGGGUGGCUGUGUGUGAGCGGAUGUCUGGACAGACAUGCAGUGUGCUGUUCAUUUAAUCUGUUCAGGGUUGUAGUUUGUCCUGUACAGCAGCCCUCCCCCUUUUUUGAUUGAGUUCUUGUUACUUGAAGUAUUUUUCAGUUUGGCAAGCUCCCUUGCAGCAGAGCUUUCCUUUCUGAUAAGCGAAGGUUUUGUCUUUUUAAAACACAGACGGAGACACUACUGCUAAACAGCAUCUGCUGCAUCUGAAGAAGACUCUAAUCCAAAUUCAUGUAGAAAAGGAAUUGCCGACUUGCCUGUUUUUUUGUUUGUUUGUUUUUUUGUUGUUGUUCCUUCCCCAAAACAUGCUGCUCUGAACUGUGUGUCACUGGGACCGUCCCAGUCAUACAUGUUGUUGGCCUUCACACAUUGUGGUACUGUCGUAUAUUUAUUCAACGCUUCGAAAGCGAAUUGGCUGUAGCACUGCUGUAUAGAACUACGACGGAUCUUUUAAAUAGGGAAUGAACUAGGCUUUGGUACAUGUCUCCGAUGCUCUUUUGUUUUGCUACUAUCCCAAUGUUAGAGGUAGUUAUUUCUCCACUGGACAGCGGUGUCCUGUAAAAUGGUGCACUCACGAUCAUGUUUUAGUGCUUCUAUCAUGCAAUGUAACCAUGAGUGAUGUCGGCCCCAGAGCUUCGUUUCUCAUGCAGAAGAGCAGCAUGCUCUGUUAUGAAGAGUGUCGCUGUAAACCGUUUGAAUGACAGUAUUUAAUAUAUUCAUAAUCGGUUACUUUCUUGCAGUUGCUGUCUAAUUAUUUACCCGUGGUUAAAACAUUCCUUUGAUACAGGGAAAAGAAGAACUGUCAGCACUGUCACCUCCUAAUUUUAAAUGUUUGAAAACUCACCGAAGGCUUGACUUUGGUGUCCAGAUCAAAGUAGUGUUGCACAUGCACUUUACAUCUUCUAAUACAGGUGGUUAGGUAGGACUAGAAUUUUCAAUUAAGUUUAGGCUGUUGAACUCCUAGGCAAAGACGCUAAAGGUUUAUGGUUUAAAAAUCGAUCUGCUUACUACACACAAUAACAUUUUAAACAAUACUAAGAUUUAACACUUAUAAGCAAACUAAUGGCCUCUUGAAGGCACUUAACUACCUUUUGGAGAACAGUAGUUUAUUACACCUGGCUAAAACAAGUGAUGGUAUUUGUUUACUUUUUAAAGUGCAGGUUUGUUUAUAAAGUAAAGAUUGUACUGAUGUUGGUCACCAUUCUUUUAAAACACUGUACUUUUUCAUCUUUGGUCAUUUUACUUUCUAUACCACACCAUUAUUUAUUUUUAAAAAAGGCACUGAAAAUUUAAUAAAUAUUUGAAUAAACACAUUA